UAAAGAAAAGAUGAAGGGUCAUGUUUAUAAAUAACUGACAAAAGAGUGAGAAAGUCUGAAAAAAGAGGAAAAUCCAUUCGUCACUUUCUAUUUCCUCUGUAACUAACUUUCCCGAGAAAAUUUUCUGUUACUCUUCGCCGCUCGCGCUUUCUCUCCGUCGGUUUGUGAAUAAACAAAUCUGAACUCUCGAUUCGUUUCUUUCUCUGCUCCGUUCUCUGGCUGGCCGGUUUGUGGUUUUAUUUGAACACUCCGAUCUCGCCCUGAGUUCCACGAUCAGCUUCUUAGAACCCUAGGGUUUUGAACGAGCAAUUAGGUUUCUAGGUUACGGCGGUUCUCAUUUUCCUUGUAGAGGCUUGAGUUUUUUUAUAGAUUUCGAGAUCGAGAUAGAGAUAGAGAUUGUGAUGAAUAACAACAGAGGAAGAUAUCCACCGGGGAAUGGAACGGGACGUGGAGCUCCGCCGCAUCCUGAUUAUCAGCCGUAUGGUCAACAACCGCAGAACCAUCAGCAGUUUCAGCAGCAGCAACAGUGGAGACGCGCUCAGCUUCCUGGAAACGCUAAUGAGGUCCAGAACACGACGUCGUCUCAACCUCCCGUAUCUAGCAACGAUCAUAAAUUCAGCGGCUCCGUUACUCUCAGUGGCGGCAAAGAUUGGAAGGCAACGUUGAAGCUCCCGCCUCCUGAUACUCGUUACCAGACAGCGGAUGUGACAGCUACAAAAGGAAAUGAAUUCGAAGAUUACUUUCUGAAAAGGGAUUUGCUAAAGGGAAUAUACGAGAAGGGUUUUGAGAAGCCAUCUCCUAUUCAAGAAGAGAGCAUUCCCAUUGCUUUGACCGGUAGUGAUAUUCUUGCUAGAGCCAAAAACGGCACAGGGAAGACUGGUGCUUUCUGCAUUCCACUUCUUGAGAAAAUUGAUCCUAAUACCAAUGUUAUUCAAGCCAUGAUUCUAGUUCCAACGCGAGAGCUGGCUCUUCAGACUUCGCAGGUUUGCAAGGAGCUUUCCAAGUACUUGAACAUCCAGGUUAUGGUCACCACUGGUGGUACCAGUUUGAGAGAUGAUAUCAUGCGGUUACACCAACCUGUACAUCUGCUCGUUGGAACUCCUGGAAGAAUACUGGAUCUUACUAAAAAGGGAGUGUGUGUUUUGAAAGACUGCACGAUGCUUGUGAUGGAUGAGGCCGACAAGCUUUUGUCUGCAGAGUUCCAACCUUCUCUAGAGGAAUUGAUACAGUUUCUGCCAGAGAAUCGUCAGCUUCUGAUGUUUUCGGCUACAUUUCCUGUCACUGUGAAGGCUUUUAAGGAUCGGCAUCUGCGGAAACCAUACGUUAUCAAUCUCAUGGAUCAACUCACGCUAAUGGGAGUCACACAAUAUUACGCUUUUGUUGAGGAGAGACAGAAGGUUCACUGCCUCAACACACUUUUCUCUAAGCUGCAAAUAAACCAAUCGAUAAUCUUUUGCAACUCUGUUAAUCGCGUGGAACUGUUGGCUAAGAAAAUAACAGAGCUCGGUUAUUCGUGCUUCUAUAUUCAUGCGAAGAUGGUUCAAGACCAUAGGAACAGAGUGUUCCAUGAGUUCCGCAAUGGUGCUUGCAGAAAUCUCGUUUGCACUGAUCUGUUUACUCGUGGAAUUGACAUUCAAGCUGUGAAUGUAGUGAUUAACUUUGAUUUUCCGAGGACAUCUGAGUCGUAUCUACACAGGGUGGGCCGAUCAGGACGGUUUGGACACCUUGGGUUGGCUGUGAAUUUGGUAACAUACGAGGACCGUUUCAAAAUGUGUCAGACUGAGCAAGAACUUGGCACUGAAAUCAAACCAAUUCCUUCUCAGAUCGAUCAAGCCAUCUACUGUCAAUAAACCUGUUACCGCACGAGAAAUGUUACCACCCCACGAGUCACAGUGUUGAUGAAAAUGGUGUUUCUCAAGCUAUAGUAGGAGGUGAGGGAACUGAUGCUUGGCGGUUUAUGUAAAGACGACUCGUUACAGAUAUGAACCAGUGUGGUUUGGUUUCUAAUCUUUCUCUAGACUUUGUUUCGUGGUUCUAAUGAAAUGGGUUAACGUUGCUCAUUUAUCUUUGACUCGAGAAAUAAUAAAGACAACAUAAGACUCCUACUUUUUUCCCUGUUGGGGUUUUUUUUUUAUUUUUUUUUUGCAACUUCCCUGUUGGGUUUUAUACUUUUAUCUAGUGAAAGCUGUACUUAUUUU